AUGGGAAAUGCUUGUUCCUGCGAUGAUGACGUUGUUCAUGAUCAAAAUUUGAAUAAACCUGUUUAAUAUAAUUAAAAUAAAAAUUUUCAAGAAUUAUAUGAAAGAGGAGUUGAUUCAGAUUUUGAGCAAGAUUAAGAUUUAUAAGCAACUGCAAAGACUUUAGGAAAAAAAGCAUCUAUAUAAAAACUGCAUGCUACUCCUGGUUAAGUUUCUGUAAGAAACUCAUAAAUAUUUAAUGGUACAAAUAAUAGUUUCAUAGAAAAAACAGCAGCCAAUAAUGAUAAUACUGCAAUCUAGAAGGCAAAUUUUUUAAAUGGAGUUAAAAUUAUAAAACAUAGUUCAACUAUCCCUCCUGAAGUUAAGAAACACAUAAGAUUGGAUCUUUAAUUAUUAGAUAAAUUACCAGAUUUUAGUAAUGAAUAUACUCGUCAUGUGUUAGAUAGAUUAGGAGGUUUUAAGUAUGACGAUGAGGAUCCUUUAGAUAUUACAAAUUUACCUUAUUAUGGACCUGUUUUACUUGAUAAUUACGCAUGCUACUAUGGACAAUGGAAAAAUGGAAUGAAAUGGGGAAGAGGAAAAUAAGUAUGGAGCGAUGGUUCUAUGUAUGAAGGUUACUGGUCUAAUGAUAUGGCUAGUGGAAGAGGUAGACUUAUUCAUGGAGAUGGUGACGUUUACGAAGGCUAAUGGUAAGAAGAUAAAGCUGAUGGUGAUGGAGUUUACAUUCAUAGAGAUGGCGCUAGUUAUACUGGAUAAUGGGUAUAAGAUAAGUAGCAUGGUAUUGGUAUUGAAAAGUGGAUUGACGGAGCUAGUUACGAAGGAUAAUAUUUUUAAGGUAUGAAACAUGGAGAGGGUAUCUUUUUGUGGGCAGAUGGUAGUCAAUACCAUGGAUCUUUUAAAUAAAAUAAUAUUCAUGGAAAGGGUUAAUACAAGUGGAAAGAUAAGAGAUAAUAUACUGGAGAGUGGAAAGACAAUAAAAUGCAUGGACUAGGCUAAUUUACAUGGCCAGAUGGUAGGAAAUAUUAUGGAGAGUAUAAAGAUGACAAAAAACAUGGGUAUGGAGAAUUUACUUGGCCUGAUGGAAGAAUGUACAAAGGUUACUGGGAAAAUGGAAAAUAGCAUGGUAGAGGAACCUAUAGAGGAACAAGCGGAGUUGAAAGGGAAGGUGAGUGGUUCGAAGGAAGAAAAAUAAAAUGGAUUGAUGAAUGA